CCCUACAAUGGCUCAGUUAUUAGUUAUUAUAUUAUGUUCGGUAAUUUGUUUCGCGGUUUCUUGCUCGCUGCCACAAAGACAAGAUGUGAAAAUCGUCAAACCCUUUCACGACGCGACCGGCUUAUGCACGAACAAUAGCAUCAUUUACGCCAGAAGCAGAAAGCUUUUUUGCUUAAUAUGCAAAGGACUAGAUCCAACGUGCUUCGGUAUUACAACAACUACAACUAGUACUACUUCUACAACUACAAGUACAACUCCUGCUUCAACCACAACUAGGAGCACGACGAUCCCUGCUUCUACUACAAGUUCGACGACACCUAAAACUACAACUGCGGAGUCAACAGAAUAGUGAAGAACUUAUUUGCAGCCUACCAGUUCUAACUAUUUUCUAAGGAUCUUUAUACCCGGUCUAAAGAAGAACAAGGCAGUCCCCUAAUAAUUAACGCCUCUAUCUAAUCUAAGGAGAUUCAUAUGCAUAAAUCAACUUUUCACCGAUAGUUAUUACCUAAGAGAAGGUGAAAAGUUUUUAGGCAAUUCCUAGAUUGAGUGAAAUCGGGUAUUAAUGUUACUAAAACCUUAGAAGUGAAAAUACACACAAUUAAGCUUGCACAUAUUUUUUGUGCCGUUCCCAGAAGGUGGCAAUAGGACCUUAUGCUUCAUUGUGCGUCCAUCCGUCCGUCAGUCUCUCUGCGGGUUGUAUCUCAUGAACUGAAAUAUAUGUCGCUAUUGUCGCUAUAACAACAAAAUUGAAAUACUUGAUUGUAAAAUAUUA